AUGUCCUCCGCUUCCAAGGCCCCAGCUUCCAAAGCCCCAGCUGAAAAGAAACCAGCUGCCAAGAAAACCUCCACUUCCGUCGACGGUAAGAAGAGAACUAAGGCUAGAAAGGAAACUUACUCUUCCUACAUCUACAAAGUUUUGAAGCAAACUCACCCAGACACCGGUAUUUCUCAAAAAUCCAUGUCUAUCUUAAACUCUUUCGUUAACGAUAUUUUCGAAAGAAUUGCCACUGAAGCUUCUAAAUUAGCUGCCUACAACAAGAAGUCUACCAUUUCUGCUAGAGAAAUCCAAACUGCUGUCAGAUUAAUCUUACCAGGUGAAUUGGCCAAGCAUGCUGUUUCUGAAGGUACCAGAGCUGUUACCAAGUACUCUUCUUCUACUCAAGCUUAA